GCCUUGGAUGACGUCGACCUAAUUAAGUCCGAUUUGUGUGCCGCGACAUCGUGGAAUUCCUUCGACCUCAUGUCAACUCUUGCGGAUGUCUCAAGUAAGUCGAAGCGCAACGGAAUGCGGAGCGAUGCAGAUCUGGACGUGCAUGCAGUGCUUGUAGACGAAAUGGAGGAAGGGGACGAUGAUAUCCCGACGGCAUCGACGGGGGUCACGUUUACUUUGAUGACGUACAACGUUCUCGCUCAGUGCUACGUCAAGUCGAGUUUCUUUCCGUACUGCGACCCGAAAGCGUUGCGGUGGAAGCGGCGGUCCGCCAUGCUCAUUGGCCAGAUCAAAGCAUUCAGUCCUCGACCAGACAUCCUCUGCUUGCAAGAGUGUGAUCAGUACGACACGUUCUGGCAAAGUCAAAUGGCUGCCAUCGGCUACACCAGCUUGUACCUGAAGAAAACGGGGACCAAGAAGGACGGUGUUGGGCUGUUCUGGCGGCCUGAAAAGUUCACUGUCCUGGGCGGCGAAAACGUCGCGUUGAACGAGGCAUUGCACUCUGUCACAGACAAAGACCUUCGGGGACGUGUCAUCCGGGACAACGUCGGCCUCGUCGCUCAUUUCCAAUCCAUCGAGAACCCCGCGACGGAGUUUGUCGUUGCGUCCACGCAUUUGUUUUGGGACCCCGCGCAAGCGGACGUCAAGUUGGUCCAGGCCAAGCACAUGCUCGAUAGCAUUGACGCGUUCGUCGCGACGUCGUUGCCGGCUGCAUCCGUUCCGGUCUUCUUUGCGGGCGACUUCAACUCCCUCCCAGACAGCGCCGUGGUCCGUCAUGUCUUGAGUCGUGGCUUUGCAAGCGCCUACAGCACUUACAAUGCCGAGACGGGCGAGCCGCGUUUCACCAACGUGAACGGGGUCGUGCACAAGAUGAACGAGAAUGGUCAUGUUGUGGGCACUGAGCCCGCUUUCGUGGGGACGCUCGACUACAUUUUCUACCACAAGUCCAAGGUCAAAGUGCAGGAGCUCCUACCGCUCAUGGACUACGAGACGGCCGUUAGAGAUGGCGGCGCGCUGCCAAACCGAUCUGUUGGAUCGGACCACUUGCCCCUCAUGGCUACAUUUGUGUUCAAAUAGAAGCGAUCGGUCAUGCGGUGUUUGCCAAGCAGCUGCAUCUGACAAUGGUCAUCGCACAAGGUUAAUCUUAGACAUUCUUGUGUACAACGAGUGCG